AUGGCCCUCUACUACGUAACAGCCCUGUCAUACAUCGCAGCCGUCUUGGUCGUGAUACCAUCCCCUUCUCAAUGGCGUACCAAGAACAUUCCAACCUUAUCAAUCAUUGCGUGGUUAUUUAUAACCAACGUUUUCCAAGGGACAAACACAAUAAUCUGGGCAAAUAACGUAAGGGUUGUAGCGUCAGUCUAUUGCGACAUUGGUGAGCAGAAUGAGAUUACUACUAAGUUUACGAAAGCUCUCGGAGGGCUGAUAGAGGACGUGUCGCGGCCCCUACAAGGUAACAUGCUAUGGAUGGCUAGUACUUGGGGAUUACCAGCAAGCACUGUCUGUCUCACUCGAUACCUUGCGAGCGUAACUUCUCCAAAUUAUGCCCCUAUUGGCAUUAACGAAAGACGGAAACGUUUCUGGUUCGAGAUGAUAAUGUGUGUUUUUAUGCCAUUCAUUUUCAGUGGUCUUCACUAUAUUCUGCAGUCCCACCGGUUCUACAUUGAGGAAGAUUUUGGUUGUAAGAGUGCUGAUCACGUGACUUGGGCAGCAAUCUGGCUUCUCCUUGCCCCUACCUUUGCACUUUCCAUCGUUUCCGCAAUCUUUGGUGGCAUUUCGGUAUACCGGUUGGCGCGAUGCCGCAUGAAGUGUCGCAAGUUGUUCGCUAAUUCGGCUUCUGGGCUCGCCACUAGCCAGUACUACCGACUCAUGGCGAUCAGUUUGCAAUUGGUCAUCACUGACCUCAUUAUGAAGCUAUAUGUCGAGAUUUCCGAAGUGAAAGCCUAUGGUAUAUACCCUUGGGUUAGCUGGGCGUAUGUCCACGAGCAUUACGACGAAAUCCCGACAUUCUCCAAGGGCGAUGAGAGCCGGGUGGGUUGGAUCAACAAAGUUGUAGGAUCUAUUAUUCCCGUUACCUACGCUUUCGCGUUCUUCUUUCUCUUUGGGUUUGGUGAAGAGGCUUUUUCCGAUUACAGAAGGAUCUGGGCUUGGAUCAAGACCCACAUUUUCCGGGUGAGCUCUUCUGCCGCGGUGGUUGCGGAACGCGGAAACAUGACCCACCCAAAUCUAGCUGGAUCGGAGGACUCCUCUGCGUAA